AUCUACCACCAUUCAAGCAAGAAGGUCGUCUGUUGAUACCAUGGCGUCAGCUGUUUGUCGGCAGUUUAGUAAUUUCCUCCGUGGUUGCCCAGGACUGAGGAGUGUAACAGCCUCACAGAUCCGCAAUCAUGGAUCUUAUUACCCCAUUGACGAUGUUGUGUUUGGACUCAGCGAGGACCAACGGCAGUUAAGGAAGACAAUCUUCGACUUCUGCCAAAAAGAAUUGGCUCCCAAGGCAGCAGAAAUCGAUAAGCAGAAUGAAUUUGCAGAACGGCGGGAGUUCUGGCGUAAGAUGGGUGAUCUGGGAUUGUUAGGCAUCACGGCAGAUCCUGAUUUUGGGGGUUCAGGCAUGGGGUACUUGGACCAUACCAUCGUCAUGGAAGAGAUAUCUCGAGCAUCUGGUGCUAUUGCACUUUCCUACGGUGCCCACUCCAACCUCUGUGUUAAUCAGAUUAAUGUCAAUGGGACAAAUGAGCAGAAAGAGAAGUAUCUGCCCAAGUUGUGUUCAGGUGAGCACUUUGGCGCCCUGGCCAUGUCGGAGCCAGGAUCUGGAAGUGAUGUGGUGUCCAUGAAGCUGAAGGCAGAAGAAAAAGGAGAUCACUACAUCCUUAAUGGCAACAAAUUUUGGAUUACAAAUGGACCUGAUGCAGAUGUUUUGGUGGUGUAUGCAAAAACAGAUCCUACUACACCAAAACCCCAGCAUGGAGUAACAGCCUUCAUCAUAGAGAAGGGCAUGGAAGGCUUCAGCACUGGCCCAAAGUUGGACAAGUUGGGUAUCCGGGGCUCUAAUACCUGUGAACUCAUCUUCGAAGACUGCAAAGUUCCAGCCAAGAACAUCCUGGGCAAGAAGAAUGGUGGCAUCUAUGUUUUGUUCUCUGGACUAGACCUCGAGAGAUUGGUAUUGGCUGGUGGCCCUGUUGGAUUGAUGCAAGCAGCCUGUGACGUUGCCUUUGAGUAUGUUCACAUUCGUAAGCAGUUUGACCAAAGAAUUGGAGAGUUUCAGUUAAUGCAGGGUAAGAUAGCAGACAUGUAUUGCUCUCUGAAUGCGUGUCGAGCCUACUUGUAUUCGGUGGGUCGUGCGUGUGACUUGGGACAUGUCAACAGGAAGGACUGUGCUGGUGUCAUCCUCUACUGUGCUGAGAAAGCAACCAAGCUUUGCCUUGAUUCUAUCCAGUGUUUAGGUGGAAAUGGAUAUAUCAAUGACUACCCUACUGGCCGUUUCCUCAGGGAUGCCAAACUCUAUGAGAUUGGUGCUGGUACGAGUGAAAUUCGUCGCUUAGUCAUUGGUCGGGCUCUCAAUGCAGAGUACAGUUAAGGAAGAACCCAUAUCUGUCUUUCAUUAAAUCAGUAUUUUGACUAAUAGUAAGAGGUAGUUUUUUUUAUCACUACAGUAUAAAACUAAUGUUUGAUACUUAAUAACAGUUCCUUCUUGGGAGUUCUGUGUCCUCUUCGUGAAAAUGUGGGGUCUAAAAUAGUUCAGACCCAUAGAGGGACAUUGAUGAAUUAAAUAAAUUUGUUUUAGUUUGAUAAUUAUGCUAUGUAUUUGCAUUAGUACUAAAGACACAAGAUGUAGGUACUGGAUUGUAUCAUGUAGUGUACAAAUGUGGAGUGUGAAAAAGGGUUGCUGUAUCAGUGGUUCACCCAGGGAAAAACAUGCAAGAAAAACGGAAAAGAAUCAAAUUGUGAAACAGUACAAAGAUAAAAAAAAAAACCUUUGCAAGCUUUGUUUUAGUGUGAGCAUCAUCAAAAGUCAAACUGGUAACUUUUGUGUAUAAUUCAAGUAAGGUUGUUUAAUUGGAUCAUGUUCAGCAUUUUCUAGUGAGAUAUGACUGCAGUGAUUUUUCAUUCUUAAUUUUAAUAUCUUCCGGUACAAAUUUUCACGGGAGCCAUAUCCGGGUUCGAAGUUAACUUGAUACUUUAUUUAGACCCGAUGAUUGUACUGUAUGUGUGUAAAGAAUAUGUUUAAAAGUACUGUACUGUAUGUCUAUUGGUUAAAAAAUUUAGCUUUAUUUCAGUUAUGACCCCAUUAAAACAAUAUGCAGUACAGUAAACAUCUAUAUACACAUACACUACGCACACAGUUUCCAAAAUCAUCGUCUUCUCAAGUUAGAACCUCUGUUAUGCUUCCCCCCCCCCUACACCACCUUAAUCUAACACUAUCUGUUCAUUUUUAUUAUCUUUUGUUCAGAGAAGUGAUGACUUUCAUAAAACAUUUGAGUAAAACAAACCUUAAACUACAAUUGACGAUUCUAAGCUCAGCCACUGCCAGGUUCUUCAUUUAAUAGCAGACUGUACGAUGAGUUUUAGGAAUUGCUGUAAAAUCAUUGAAACUAAAAUUCCAGUAUGAGUUUAUUUUCCACGUUAAUGAUAAACAAAUUACGUGUAGGUUUUUCUUGCAAUGGGUUUCUCUGGUAAAUACUUUAGAUUAUUUGUAGUCACUUGUGUUUUAAUCUUGAUUUGGUGUGCAACAUGAUUACAGUAUUUUAUGAACUGCACAACCUGUUAACCUUAUGAUUAGAACUUUAUUGUGGAUUAUGUCACUGGGCAGCUAACAAUACUGUACUGUGCUUAUUUUGGCAGUUGUUUAUAAUCUUUUAGUGUAUAUUUUGUGAAUAAUAGGUAUAUACUGUAGUAUAUAUAUUUUUGUAGCUAACUUUACACUAACACCCAUCUCUCUUGGCUAGGUAGUUGUUCCUAUUUUUGUGUUGUGACCAAGCUUUAGCCAUGAUGUAAAUGUACCAGUAUAUAGAGCUAUUAGUAUAGGGGCCAUUGUAAGAGUAUAGUUUGAUUUAGUUAUUAUAUUAAUCCUGAGAUAAUAUUCAUGUAUGAAAUAAUUGGUUGAGGUAGCCAACUCACCGUCUGUCUACCACUGAGGUGACUAGUAUAUGUUUUCUCUCCAUCAGCCUCUCUACUCCUAAUGCAGCAGAGAGGGAUAGGUUUAUGAAGGCAUUGUACAAACUAAAAUAUACAAUAUCAGUCUUGAACUAAUUCACUGAUGAGAAAAUGAGUUGUAAUGGAAGAAAAUGUACCUGUGCGAUAAUUGAAUUUCGUAAUGAUAGUGUGUUGUAUAGUAUGUGUAUAUAGUGUAUGUUUGUAUAUUUGUCUGCAUACUAAAGUAGUGUUAUUUUUAUGGUUAAUUUGGAACAUAAUCUCAACAGUAUGAUCAAUUAGUUGAAAGUAAUUUUUUUUUAACAAUGUAGAAAUUACCUUUGUUCUUGUUACUAAUCUCUGUUAAAUUAAAAUAGCCACAUUAUGCAUUUUUCUAAGAAAGAAAAUUGUUUUGUUGCAUUGAGUGUCAUGAAUCCAGUGUAGGCAGCUAAAAAUUCAGUGAUUUGGCUUACCUUCCAUAACAUUAAUAAAAAUUGGGAAAACAAAACACACCAGAUUCUCAUUAUUCUUGAGGAAACAAAACCUUUUUUGGUGUUGAAAACUCUCUUAAUAUGACUCAUCUAAAAUUUGUUAAUACAUACAUGAAGAAGCAGGUACAAUGCUAGGAUGAAGCAUGAGUAUUAUCUCAGCCAAUUAUAUAAUUUUAUGUGCAGUAAAAGUAAGAACUUGCUGUGGUGUAUACAGUAUAUGUUCAACAUGUGGGGUGUAAGACCAGAGGUGAUACUACAGUACACCACUAUUUUAUACAGCUUCCUCAUUGGCAUUUUGUUAUAUUCACCAGGAAGCAUUUUGCUUACUGUGUACUAUUCCAGGGAGUUUGAUGUAUUCUUUAUUGUGUAAACAGAUGUUCAUAUGAUUAAAACUAGUUUUAUAGUGAAAUAAAAAGAAAAUGUAUA